GAAGCGAACGAGAAACCUGUGGGUGCGCGCCCCGUCGUUCCCCGUUGUCCGCCCACCGUUUACCGUUCGCGAGUGGACGUCCGAGUGUGUGUGCACGCUUCGCCUGCCUGAGGAUGGCUGCGAUGCUGUCCAAUUGUUCGCGGUUCGCGCCUCGCGUUAUCACGCGGAGUAGCGUGUUACGGGCCGAGGUCGCGAGAUCGUUGUGUAGUCAAGGGCGCACUCUUAUCCCUGUUUGCAUUAUCCACGCCGAACAUGUGCCUAAUGCCAAAGCUCUGUUAUGUAGAAAAUACAAGGCAAACCACUAUUGGAUAAAUCAAGCGAGACAUAUUCGUUCGACUUCAGCACUAUGGGAGAUCAGGGAAGUUGUAGUUCCUGCGUUUGCCGAAAGUGUAAGCGAGGGCGACGUGAGGUGGGAGAAGAAGGUUGGCGACCAGGUGAAGGAAGACGAUGUGCUCUGCGAGAUCGAAACGGACAAGACUUCUGUUCCUGUACCGUCGCCCGGGCCCGGCGUCAUAAAGGAACUGUUCUUUAAGGAUGGCGAUACCGUAAAGCCGGGACAGAAGUUGUGCACCAUCGAUAUCGGUGCAACCGGCGGUGCUGCGGCCGCACCUGGGGAGAAAGCGCCACAACCUCCUGCGGCUGCGCCAGUGGAAAAGGCACCGAAACCUGUGCCACCUCCUCCAACACCAUCAGCCCCAAGUGUGGCACCUCCACUGCCGAGAUCCGCAGCGCCGAUCCCACCUCCCGCCGCUGAACCACCAUCUCCGCAAGCACCUACUGCAUCCAUGCCAGUUGCGGCUAUUAAACAUGCCCAGUCGUUGGAAGGCGCAAAAGUUCAGCUACCUCCCGCCGAUUAUACGCGCGAAAUAAUUGGCACCAGGACAGAGCAGCGAGUGAAAAUGAAUAGAAUGCGUCUACGUAUUGCGGAACGUCUGAAGGACGCGCAGAACACGAACGCUAUGCUGACCACGUUUAAUGAAAUUGACAUGAGUCGCAUUAUUGAGUUCCGGAAGGCGCAUCAAGAAUCGUUUACGAAAAAGUACGGCAUCAAACUCGGGUUCAUGAGUCCAUUCGUCGCGGCCAGUGCCUAUGCUCUAAAAGAUCAACCCGUGGUGAAUGCCGUGAUAGACGGCACCGAUAUAGUAUAUAGAGAUUACGUAGAUAUUAGUGUGGCAGUCGCGACGCCGAAGGGACUUGUAGUGCCUGUACUUCGCAGCGUAGAAAACAAAAAUUUUGCCGAAAUCGAAAUCGCUUUGGCCGCUCUGGGUGAAAAGGCUAGAAAAGGGAAGAUUACCGUCGAGGAUAUGGAUGGCGGUACUUUUACGAUAAGCAACGGUGGCGUUUUCGGUUCGAUGCUAGGAACUCCCAUUAUCAAUCCACCGCAGAGCGCGAUUCUUGGCAUGCACGGUGUUUUUGACAGACCUAUCGCCGUUAAGGGAGAGGUUAAAAUUCGGCCAAUGAUGUAUAUAGCUUUGACAUAUGAUCAUCGGCUGAUUGACGGACGUGAGGCUGUGAUGUUCCUGAGGAAGAUCAAAGACUCUGUGGAAGAUCCUAGAAUUAUUUUGGCUGGCCUUUAAUAACUUGGGACACAUUUGUCGCGCGUGUUAACGAUGCGGUUGAUCACUAUUGGAUAAACAAGAACGCGACGCGAGAAUCUGGAAUCUCGGCAAGGAGUUUUUCCGCUUCCGGAAACCUCUAAUCAUUGGAACGUCCCCUCUAAGGAACGUCUCUCGAUACCUUAUUUCGAAUACCAUUAAUCUCCAAGUCACAUGUGAGAUGACGUGACAGGUGCAGUCAUAAAUAACGAUAAACUGGCGAACUAGUCCUGUCUAUUAUUCUGAAUUCUUGCAACUCUUGAGAGUAUUGUAAGGCGAAUUCACUUCGCACGUUACAGUCUGUAUAUCGCUGGACGACGUAACUUUUGUUAUUGGAAUUUCUCUACACAUUAUUCGGCAACCCGAAUCAAUGCCGAACCGAUAAUCGCAUUCUUGCGAGCAUUCAUAUUUCUGUCGCAACACUGAUGUCGAUCGGUGUCGAAAGACGGAGCGCAGAGAGGUUGGAGCCAAGGAAGGGCUAGAAGGUACUUACCCUAAGUACUCUAGAUGUAGACUCAUAAGCUAAAAUAAAAUCUCUCACCAAUAUAAGUCUCUUUAGCGUUGUUGAUGCAUCACAUUGCGGCCGUAGGAUAAGUAACGUGAUUUGAUAAAUGUUUAAAUACAUGGAAGUGAUAUUACUGUUGGUAUUUGUACGUUAUAUAUCGAGCAUCUCGGGGAGAGGGGGAGGGGGAGAUAUGUUGCACAUGAGGAAUUUUGCACUCGAAGGAAAAUGGCUCAUUCGUGAUUUUGUAAAUCACACAAAAGUUGCUUAUUAA